AAUGAUGAUGCGACUUGUCAUUUCGAUCUUCUUUUUGUAUUGCUUAAAGGAAUCCCACAGCGCUAAUAUAGAUGAACCGUGCAGUAAAAACGCAGACUGUGAAAAGGAAAACUCAGCUUGUUAUUCAGAAAAAUGUAAAUGUGUAUUUCCAAAUUUCUAUGACAGUAAUGAUGGAAAUUGCGCUGGAACAGCAACCUUCUGUUCAAACAAUCGCGAGUGCGCCUAUGGAACGUGUGACAACGGCGUGUGUCUAUGUGACGAUGGUUACUCACGAGAAUCAAACUGCCGACUCCGCGUCGAGAGACCGUGCAGUGGUGGGAUGUCAAUAAAAACUGGAGUGACUUCCCUUGUCUUCCUCCUCGGGUCCCUGUGGAUGCUCCUAAAAUGAACGAACUCUUUAUUCUGUGAACUUUCUAUAUAUAUUAGAAUGAUAUUUCUUCAAAUUUUUUUAUUUUAUAUCUUAUGCAUUUGAAGUCGCUGGCUUCAAUCAAACUUUAUCAGGAAAAAAGAUACUGAUUUUCUGUUCAUAUCUUUAUGUGAAUUGAAUAUAUAUGUAUUAAGAUGACAGCUAAAGAUUUUUUCCACGAUUCCUCAAUAAUUUUCAUAAAAUGAUAUUUACUAUGAAAUUUAUAUACUAGUCGAUUGACAAGAGGAAUGGCGAAAGGAAAAUCCAGAACAUUAUGGAAAAUCUAUUUAAUUAAUUUACAACCAAAACUAUUUUACAAUUUCAUUCUUCUUUUAGUUUUGUUUGUUUGCUUGCUUCAGUUUUAAUUUAGAUUAGUAUGUGCCCAUAAGCACGACAAUACUUCUCAGCGAGUAAAAGACUAUUAUUGAAUACU